GUUUUUUGUGAAUUUUCAAUCCAAUUAACGGUGGCUUUUCGUUCAAAAAUUUACCUUGCAAAUAAAGUGCGAAAUUAUUAUAAAAAUACCGAAUAUCCUGUUAAAAUAACCAGGAGAAUCGUGGAAAACAGUUAUCUUGAGGGCAACAAAGGAAAUGUCUCGUUUUUCAAGCGGUGCUGAGUCGGAAGAAGAGGCAUUUACGGUUGGGACGCCAACACUCUCGGAAAUAAAGGAAUAUUUUUCAGUUCAUCAAUAUUACACAGCUGAAAGUGGCACGGAUUCCAAUUCAAGCGGAGAACUUUCAGAGAGUUUUGCUGAACUGCUGGAGAAGAGGAGGCAAGAAUCAAAGGAGGAAACAAUCAUGUCCGGGAGUUUAAGAAGUAGCAAAUACGCCACAAAGAGAAUCCAGCAGGUUAUAGAAAGUGUUGAGAGUGAACAUGGAGAGGAGUUGCCAAGUUCACAGGAAGAGGGACUGAGUAUGUGGAAUGCAGGUACAGAUGAGAGUUUCCUGGCAGCUGAGAAAGUUUGUGAGAAGACAGUGGACUACAAUUACCACUACAUGGGGAAGAUCCAGAGUGUUGAGUCACCCAAAAGUGCCUUCUCGAACUUGCGGGAAGAUGUUGAAGAUGAGACAAUUCUCAAUGAUGUAGAACCACCGUCCAUGCUGUGCGAGCAGACCAUCAUUCGAGGAACUCCCGGAAAGAAUCCCUACGUCAAUUGUCCGUCCACAAUUCUCGAAGAGAGUACCCUGGCUACAAGUGAUUGCAGCUUCUACACAGCAGAAUUGGCAAAAACAGCACGUUCAGAGGAGACAGGAUCGAGUGCACUGGAUGACACCGAUGAGACACUGAGUGAGAAAGUGGAAGUCAUUGAAUUGUCUGACGAAAGUUCCGGAGCUUCUGGAGUGGAGAGAUCGGAAAUCUCUGAAACAUCUCAGACGACAGAUUCUCAUCCUUCAUCAAGUCAGACGAGUCAGACAGAGCACACGGACGACUCGAGCUUCAGUAUGUCCCGGGAGUUCAAUGAUUCCCUCGAGAGGGUUGAGUAUUUGAUGAAACAGGGUGAGAAGUACCGGAAGAAAAUGGGUUUACAGCCCCAGCAGACUAAGACACCUCCUCCAACGGCCAACAGCUCAUCAUUAGGUGCUAUCCCCAAGAGCAACAAUGCAUUCAAGCAGCCUCGUGUGCCAUCGAAAAUCCCUCAGAUUCGGGCAAAGAAGUACGAUCAUAUUAAGAGCCCCAUUUCCGCGUACAUUCACAAGACCCCGUCUGUGCCGCAAUUCAUCGUCAACAGGCUUGAUGUGCAACAGAAAUAUGAAAAGACGUCCAAGGCAGCUAAUUCAUCACCACAAUUCCGCUCAGUGGGAGAGAAGGAGAAUAUUGAGGUGAAACUCUCACCCAAGAUGAAGACACUGCCCAAGAAGGCAUGUAUUCAGGCUGCUUUCGCCAAGGUGCACGAUGAGAGAGUUAAUCCGGUGGCAGCGGGGCCGAAAAUGCUAAAACUCAUCGGGGACAGUGUGGAUCCGGAAAAGACUCCUGGUGUCACCCGGCAUGUGUGUCGCUACAAGACGGCGCGUCUACCUCCAGAUGUUGUAGAGCAGGAGCGGAAGAAAAUGUCUCUCAUAGCUGAAGACAGCAUUGGGGACCUUUCAGUGAUGUCUGGUGAUGUCUCAGUUCAGGUGGUGAAGAACGCCAUUAAAUUUUGAAACUCCUGCAACAUAUUAUGCUCUUCUUCCGUGACAAUGAUUUUCUUUUUAUUAUAUAACUGAAUUAAUGGAUUAAAUGGUUUACUAUACAUUUUUAUACUAAA